AUACGGAGAAAACGACAAAAAUAUAAUAGAACGAUAAUAGAUGAAUGUUUUCAAGGAAAAACUGAAAAUAAAAAAUGCACAUAUUACAUCGUCCCAUGGGCAACCUGUGCAUCGUCGACAUCUCCAAAGAGAAAAAAAUAUUUAUGUCAGUGAAAAUAACCUGAAAAUUAUUUAUACCUCGUGGUCAACUUUAAAUGAUAAUGACAAAGUUGGGUAUCUGGAAUUUAAUAUGCUUCAUAACAAUUGUUUUAAUUUUUCAAUUAAAUGCAUCAAAUGCUUGUAAGGGGGAUAAAUUUUUCAAAUGUAAUAAUGAAAGAUGUGUUGAUCGGUCAAUGAUAUGUGAUGGUGUCAAUGAUUGUGCUGACAAUUCUGAUGAAAGUAAUUGUAUUGAUGACAAAGUUAAUUCAAUGUUCAUUGAUAAAUCAUGCAAAAUACAAGGUCAAUUUCAUUGUAAAAAUGGUAAUUGUAUAUCAAAUGAAAAAGUAUGUAACAGAGUAGAUGAUUGUUUCGAUGGAUCUGAUGAAUUUGAAAAUUGUACACAAUAUUUAAAUUGUUUAUCACCAUUCCAAUUUAAUUGUACAAAUCAUUAUUGUAUUAAUUAUCAAUGGAUUUGUGAUGGAGAAAAUGAUUGUGGUGAUAAUUCAGAUGAAGAAUGCAAACAUGAAAAUCCAUGUGCUGCAGAGGGUUUUCAUUUUGAUUAUAAGAAAAACGAAUGUGUUGACACCAAUGAAUGUAUUGAUAAUACAAAUACCAGAGAACUUUGUGAUCAUGUAUGUCAAAAUACUGAUGAUUCAUACAAAUGCAUUUGUAAUUAUGGCUAUUCACUUGGCAGUGAUGGUAAAUCUUGUAUCAUGAAUAAUCAUAAUGUUGAGCCAUUAUUGAUAUUUGCAACAAACAAGGAAAUAAAAGAAUUUCAUUUAAAAUCCAAGUAUUAUUAUCCAACUGUUAAAAAUUUAAGUGGUGCAAAUGCCAUUACACAAAAUGACAAUUACAUUUAUUGGUCAGAUAAUGAAUAUAUUCAUCGAAUACUCAAAUCAAAUGGCACCAAUUCAUCAUCAAAAAAUAUGUUAGAAUCAGAAAUUAUUGUAUCAUUUGAUACUGGACAAAUUCAUGAUAUUGAAAUUGAUUGGAAAACUGGUAAUAUUUAUUUUACUGAUGAUUUAAAUCACAGAAUAAUGGCAUGUACUGCAAGUGGCUCUUAUUGUACAAUUAUAAAUGAUCAUCAAUAUGUUAGUAAAUUACAUGGUCUUGCUCUUCAUCCAUCAUCAAAUCAAAUGUUUUGGAUUGAAGGUGGACAUAAACCUGGUAUAUAUCGUUCAAAAAUGGAUGGUGGUUUUGUACAGCCAAUAGUUAAGCAACAUUUAACAAAUCCACAUAAUUUAGUUAUUGAUUAUCCAGCAGAACGUAUUUAUUUUACAAAUGAUUAUAGAAAUAUUGCUCGUAGAAAUGUUGAAUCAUGUGAUUUUGAUGGAAAAAAUCGUCGUAUUAUAAUUCAUGAGUUAACAAUGAAUGCAACAAUGAUUUAUAUAUUUGAGGAUAAAUUAUACUGGUAUAAUAAUUAUUUUAAAACAAUUGAAUAUUGUCAAAAGCUCAAUUGUAAAAUACAAAAAACACUAAUUGUUAUUGAAAAUCAACAUGUCAAUGCAAUGAGUAUAUAUCAUCCAAUUAUGAUAACAUCAUUAAGUAAUCCAUGUACAAGUAAAAGAUGUUCAGAUAUAUGUCUUUUAUCAAAUUCAGGAGCAACAUGUGCAUGUAGUAUUGGAAAAAAAUUAUUAAAAGAUAAAAUUACAUGUGGACAUGAGUUGAAUGAUAAAUAUUUAAUAAUAUCUACUGGUUUAAAAUUUAUAACUUAUCAUCGUGAUUCAAGAAGUAUACCAGAAUUUAAAAAUAAUCAAGUAUUUAAAAAAAUAUCAUCAAUGGUUUAUGACACAUUCAGUGAACAACUUAUUGUUGCUGAUGAACUUUAUGAAGCAAUAUCAGUAUAUAAUGUUACAAACAGUAAAGUAUCGAAAUUAUUUACACUUGAACCACAUGCAAUCAUAACUGGUAUGUCAUAUGAUUAUUUGGGUAAUAAUUUAUACACAACAAAUAUUAAUAGUAAAUUCAUUGACAUAUAUAGUUUAACAAAAUUAAAAAAAACAUCAAUACUCGUUGAUGAAAGACCAGUUAAUAUUAUUGUUGUACCAGAUAAAGCAAUAAUGUUUGUUGCAUAUUUUAUGAAAAAAAAUAGCACAAUUAGAAUUGAUAAAAUGACAAUGUCAGGUGAUAAAAGAGAAAUAAUUAAAAGUAAUAUUGCUGGAUCAAAUUUACCAAUGACAACAGAUGGUACAUCAUUAUUUUAUGCUGAAAAAAAUAAAAUAUUUAGAAUGAAUAUAAAAACAAAUGCUGAAAAAUUAAUACAACAAGAAAAUGAUAUUAUAACAAGUCUUGCAAUAUUAAAUUCUGAAAUAUUUUGGACAGUUGAAAAUUUUCUUUUUUGGUGUGAUAAAAAUGUCGAUGAAGCAGAAGAAGUAUACUCCUUAUAUUCCGAUGUAAUCAAUGAAAACACAUUAUUAUUAACUGUUAAAAAUUCAAUAAAAAUUAAUAAACAUAAUUGUCAUCAUAAUAAUGGUGGUUGUAGUGAUGUAUGUAUUGUGAUAUCAUCAACACAUCAUAAAUGUGCAUGUAAAAAUGGAACAAUUUUACAUGAUGAUAAAAAAACAUGUUUCAUUCAUGAUCAUGAAAAUGAUAUUAAUAAUAAUAUCAAUAAAAAUGAUAAAACUGCUUGUAGUGAAUUUACUUGUGAUAAUGGAGAAUGUGUUGGUUAUCAAUCAACUUGUAAUAAAAUAAAUGAUUGUUCAGAUGGAAGUGAUGAAGGUAAACUUUGUAAUAUAACAUGUUCAUCAUUAAAACCUCCAUGUCACCGUUUUUGUCACAAAACACCAAAUGGACCACUUUGUUUGUAUCUUUCUAUUUUUGGUUUAAAUGAUAAUAAAUAAAAACAAAACAUAAAUUUACGAUUUAU